AUGUUGGGUAUUACAGUAGUAAAUCAGUUGUGGACACACUUGGCAAGGAGUGUGAGGGAAACGGCAAAGGAGGUACUAGGGGUAACCAUAGAGAUAAGUAGGCAAUGUAAGGUUGGUAGGGAAUCUUGGUGGAUCAGCGAAGAGGUCCAAACCAAGGUAGCGACAAAACAUUGUUGCUUUAAAGAGCUUAUCAAGAGCAAACGGAGCGGGACAAAUGAAGAAUGGUCCUUGGCAAUGCAAAGGUACCACGAAGCCAAGAAAGAGGCAAAGAAGAGUGUAGCUAUAGCAAAAGAAAGAGCGUAUGAAGAUUUGUAUAAGAAACUUGACUCCAAGGAAGGCGAAAACGAUAUCUACAGAAUUGCUAAAGCAAGGGAGAGAAGACGUAGGGAUUUAGGGGACGUCAUUUAUAUUAAAGACGGAAGCGGAAGGAGCAUUGUGAAGGAGGGAGACAUUAGGAAAAGAUGGAAAGAGUACUUCUCCAAUCUGUUUAAUGAGAGAGGGUCGGAGAGAAGUGGAGAAGGAUUGGAACACGGUACACACGUAGACACACGCUACAACAACGACGAGGCAACGAGGAUCAGCUAA